AAGAUGAAAACUGACGGUUUAUAAAUUUAUGUUCAACAGGUGAAAAGGAAAUUCUGCACAAUGUCUGCGGCAAGUUUCCCGGCAGCCAGCUAAUUGCCAUUAUGGGUCCAUCGGGAGCUGGUAAAUCGACGCUACUCGAUGCUCUUUCUGGAUUUAAGACCACCGGCGUCGAUGGUUCCAUACGACUCAAUGGACGACGACGUGAUUUGCCCUCAUUUCGUCGCAUGUCCUGCUAUAUUACACAGGAUGAUCGUCUGCAGCCUCUGCUGACGGUGACCGAGAACAUGCAUAUAGCCGCCGAUCUGAAAUUGGGUGAGAAUGUCAGCUACGAGGAGAAGGAGAGCAGAAUUGAGGACAUUCUGUUGCUGCUGGGCCUUUACGACCACGAUCAGACGAUGACAGGCCGGCUGUCUGGCGGCCAGAAGAAGAGGCUAUCCAUUGCCAUGGAAUUGAUUAAUAAUCCCACUGUGAUGUUUCUGGACGAGCCCACAACUGGCUUGGACAGCAGUUCCUGCAGCAAAGUCUUGGAGCUAUUGAAACGCUUGACCACCCAGGGUCGCACCAUCAUUUGCACCAUACAUCAGCCGACUGCCAAGCUAUUCCAAAUAUUCGAUCAAGUCUAUGUGCUCUCUUCCGGCAACUGCGUCUACCAGGGCGGUACCCAGAAGCUGGUGCCCUUCCUCCAGUCCGUGGAUCUGCCCUGUCCUAUGUACCACAAUCCAGCUGACUACAUCAUCGAGCUGGCCUGCGGGGAGUACGGCUUCGACAAGAUCGAUACGCUUAAGUCAGCGUCGGAGAACGGUAGCAGUCUGGCCUGGUUCAACAAUCCGAGCGCUGUGCUGCGCUCCGAGGCGCUCAUCCACAAGCAUCCCAUACCCAAGCGUAGUAAAAACGUUUCCCUGGAGAACACCAGCUUUAUGAAUCAGUGCACUGUGCUGCUACGACGUGGCUACAUCAAGUCCGGUCGCGAUACGACAAUGACCCAUCUACGGCUCUUCGUCAACAUUUGUGUGGCCGUACUCUACGGCGCAAUGUACGAUCACUCCGGCAAGGAGGGCUCACGAGUUUUGGAUAAUUAUAAUCUUCUGUUUGCCAUAUUGAUGCACCAUUCCAUGACGACGAUGAUGUUGACGGUUCUGACAUUCCCCCUUGAGAUGACAAUAUUGAUCAAGGAACAUUUCAAUCGUUGGUAUUCCCUGAAGGCCUACUACACAGCCAUGACGCUCUUGGAAAUACCCAUAACAUUUAUCAGUACACUCCUGUUCACGGUCAUAAUUUAUUGGUGGAGCUAUCAGCCCAUGGAGUGGGUGCGCUUCUGGAUGUUCUUCGUGAUCAGUUUGCUUGUUGUGUUUGUGGGUCAAAGUUUUGGAUUGAUUAUUGGCGCCUGGUGCAAUGUGGUCAACGGAACUUUCCUUGCUCCCGUGCUCACUAUUCCCAUGAUGAUGUUCGCCGGCUUUGGCGUCACUUUGCGAGACCUACCCAGCUACCUAAAGUGGGGCAGUCACAUAUCCCAUUUGCGAUAUGGUCUCGAGGGCUACAUAGCUGCCAUCUAUGGAAUGAAUCGUGGGGUUUUGGACUGCAACGAGGCGCCCUACUGCCAUUAUAGAUACCCAAAGAAGUUCUUGGAGGAGAUUGCCAUGUCGGGCGAUCAGUUCUGGAACGAUCUCAUGGCGCUGAGCAUAAUGCUGCUCCUCUUCCGUGUGAGCGCCUACUUUGUGCUCAAGGCCAAGCUCAAGUCGAUCCGAUGA